AUGUUGGACCGGGAAGAAGAGAGUAUGCUGAAGAUGGUAGUUGAAGAGGCAAUAAUGAAGACAAAGAAGAUUAUGGAAGGAAAUCAAGAAAUGAAGUUUACGGCUGAAGAAUACCAGAGAUUUCAUCAUAACGCACCAUGGCUUCUUGAAAGAUUUGAGAAGAGCUUGGAAGAGAGCAUCACUUCAGUGGUGAGCUUCUUUACUGGAAGAGUUGUUGUUUUAGUCGUGGUACUGCCAUCUUUAGUGGACAAACACGAUGCGCUUUUGUUGAGAGAACUCAUCUUGAUGUGGUCCAAUUACAAGUUGAUGACGAAGUGGCUCUGCAGAUUUUUUGAAUCCAUUGACCGCUACUUUGUGCCCAGCAUCCGUUAUUGUUCACUCAAUGACAUCUCAAUUAAUUGUUUCCAUGACCUGGUUUUCAAGGAGUUAUAUGUCAAAUUCCAGGAUGUUGCAGUAUCAUCGAUCAAUCAAGAACGCAUGGGAUUGCACAUUGACUGCAGCUUGCUGAAAAAUGUUUUUCUUGUCUUUAUGGAAAUGCAUGAACAUAUAGGAAUUAAUAAGUAUUAUGAAGAUUUCGAGAGGGUUAUGCUAGAAGAAACCGCUAACUACUACUGUCAAAUGGCUCGGCAGUGGCUUUCACAUAAUUCACCAGAGGAUUAUGUUCCAAAGGUUUACUGGUGCUUGAAACAAGAGGCAGAAAGAGCUGAUCGAUACUUGCCCUCUGGCACACAACCCAAGCUACUAAAGGUUGUCAAACAGCAAUUGGUUUAUGACAUAUUGGACAAAUUGGUGGAAAAGCAAAAAGCUGAGAACUGCAGCGUUGUUAAAGAUUGUUAUCAGGACAUGUUGUCAAAGUGUGAGAACAUGACUCUUCAGGAGGGAAGUUCAGCAGAAGAAUUGUUAUCUACUUUAUUGGGGAGCACAAAUCUUUUAUCUUGA